AUGAAAAAGACAAAGAUGUGCGAGUUCCACAAGGAGGGAAGGUGCAAAUAUGGUGCCGACUGCGCGUUUGCACAUACAGAGUCGGAGUUGCAGCAGGCCCCAGACUUGCGAAAAACACGGCUUUGCCGAGCAUUUUUGCAGGGGAAGUGCGACGAUUCCGACUGCAAGUUCGCACACGGCGAGGAGGAGCUGAGAGCAUCCAAUAUCUGUUUCAAGACCGCGCUGUGCACUUGGUUCGAGAAGGGCAACUGCCAAAGCGGUGCUCAGUGCCGUUUUGCGCAUGGGGUCGAGGAGCUUCGGGACGAUCCGGAUGCGAAGGACCCGGGGCUCGGUGGCCUUUACGACUUCCUUCCCCCUCCUGAUCCGGAGAAUGACAAGGCUACGGCUGCUAAGGCACGCAAAGCCGAGCAGCUGAGCACGCGGCCGAAGCUUCCACCGGUCGACAGGUCAAGAGUAAUAUUCCUGGAUGUCGACGGUGUCCUUCUCCCAGCCGGCAGCGUCGAAAUGAUAUUCAUUGAUGGCGUCAUGCUGCCUGUGCGGGCGGCAAAGGAAGCAGACUUCAACAGAACUGCUUUGUCCAACCUGCGGGCGAUAGUGCAGCAGACUGGUGCUUCGAUUGUUCUGUCCUCCGAGUGGCGACGGAAGGAGGAGAUGAGGGACAACAUCCGAAGAACUCUUCAAACCCAGGAUAUUCCUGGCAUUCAAGAUUCUACGCCAAUCUUCCAGCCCUCGGCCGAGCUGGUCAAGCAGAGGCUUGAUCAGGCGAUCAUUUGGGCCGAGCGCCGCGCACGAGAGAUAGGCAGCUGGCUGAAGCAGCACAAAGAUGUCAAGGCUUGGGUGGCCAUUGAUGAUAUCGACUUUAGCUGGGCUGACAGCGUAAAGGUGUCGGGAACACCGCUGAUGAAGCAUCGCUCAGUCCUGACAAACCCGAAGUACUGCAUAACUGAGAAGGAUGCCGAAGAGGCGGUUCGCAUCCUCCUGAACCCUCCCGUCAUCGCUCCAGGUGAGGAGGCUGAUGCAAUUGCCGCUGCUAGAUAUCUGACGGAGGAGGCACUAGCGAAAUGCGCAGGGGCUGGACUGAUGUGA